AUGGUACCAUUGUUGUUGUUGUUGUCAUUGUCGUUUGUUGUGGAUGUAGUAGUGCUCUCUACUAUUGCUGCUGGAGGAGGAAUGACCUCAGGUGUUGGCGUUGCUGUUGCCGGUGUCUCCACUGUUGCUGCCGAUGCUGCUGCUGCUGUUGAUGAUGAUGGUACAGGUGCUGACACCUCUGGCAAUGCCUCUGGAACACUUGUCUCCUCGGCAAUUGAUGUGAUCGAUGGACUUGCCCUGAGACUACCAACUGAUGAGAUUGGGGCGGCAGAGGUAGUGAUUAUCGUCGGAUUCUGUUGUUGCUGUUGCUGUUGUAGCUGCUGCUGUUGUUUGCUGUAA